AUGGACGACUUCUUCGAAGCCACCGACGACAUCGACACCGCAGUGAAAAUCAUAGAAGACCUUCGAUACGUACUACAACAAGGAAGCUUCAACCUGACGGAGUGGAUCACUACGGAUCAUAGAAUUCUGCAAGCAAUAGCAGAGGAACAUAGAUCCAUCACCAUAGACGAAAUCAACGACCCCAAAAUCUUCAAGCGAAUUCUCGGAAUACGAUGGAGAGUAAGUAACGAUACACUCAGCUUCACUACUGACAAACUACACGAACUCUUCCAGAAGAAACCUACACAACGGAACCUACUUCGCGCAGCUUCUUCAAUCUUUGACCCAAUUGGAAUAGCAGCACCUAUUACAAUUCGACUACCAAUAAUCCAGCAAGCAAUUUGGAGAAAAGGAAUGAAGUGGGACGACCAAAUGACACGAGAAAUGAUACCUGAACUGUUUGAGCUUCUCGACGAGAGAAACGAUCUACAGACAGUGGGAAUACCCCAACACUAUUUUGGAUACAGCUACGACAACAUCGCUCUUCAUGUUUUUUCAGCUGCCUCCUACAGCGCCCUAGCAGCAGUCGCUCAUUUUGUCUACAGCAACAGUGCCACUCGGCAAAUCUGCAGCGCCUUUGUUCUAGGAAAAGCUCGAGUGGCUCCUUUAAAACAACACACAAUAACUAAAUUGGAACUACAAGCCGCAGUUUUUGGUGCUCGCCUCGCAAAUUUCAUUCGCAGAGAACAAAGGACUGACAUCAACUCUACGCAUAUGUGGACAGACAGCACAACAGCGCUUCAAUGGAUACAGGGAUCUGAUAAACGACAACAAAUUUUUGUGGCUCACAGAGUUACAGAAAUUUUAGAAAGCACCCAAGCGAGUCAAUGGAAUCAUUGCCCAGGACCCCUAAAUCCAGCAGACGACGGAACCCGUGGAAUACCCCUAUCAGAAUUCAGUAACAAGUCAAGAUGGUUCACCGGACCAAAAUUCAUAUGUGAACCAGAAUGCAACUGGCCAAAGCUACAGUUAAUCGACGCCAAUACGGAUACCUUGCAACUCAACGAUCAAACUGGACAAAUGGAUGAAAUAGCAACAACCCCAAUGCUAGCUUUUCAAGCUUCCACCGAAAAGACUGAACAAAGCUUCAUCGAUUACAGCAUAUUCUCCAAAUGGACAAGAAAUCUCAGAACAACUGCAUAA